GUGAGCAGCCCUCAAAAUAUCAUUUCCCCAUUCUCCUCAAACCCUAGCCUCCACCUCCACCAAACAAAACCCCAAUCUCUGUAUUUUUUCAAUCACCAUGGCCAGAAAGAGGAAAUCUCGCGUUGCUGAAGCUCCUCAGGAGCCCGAGCUCGCACAGCCUAGUGAACCUGAGCCCGAGCCGGUGCCAGAGCCCGCACCAGAACCGGAGCAACCUCAACCCGAGGAAGCCCCGCAGACCCUGGAAGAAGACCAAGAGAUGGGAGGAGAAGUGGUUGAAGAAGAAGAGGAGGAAGAAGAGCGACAGGGAGAGGGAGAAGGAGACGAAGUAGAGGAGCAGACGGAGGGCGCGGUUGCCACCGACCUGGAGAAGAACGAAGAAGAGGGUAAAAUUACAGAGAAGCCGUCUGAGAACGCGGCUUCAGAGAAUGGUGAUGGAGCUGAAGGGCAGAACGAGGAAGUCGGAGAUGAAUUAGAGGAAGAGCCGCUGGAGAAGCUCCUGGAACCCUUUUCUAAAGACCAGCUAACGCUUCUAAUCAAAGAAGCAGUUUUGAAACACCCUGAUAUUCUGGAGAAUGUGCACAAAUUGGCUGAUGCGGACCCUGCACACUGCAAGAUUUUCGUUCAUGGGCUAGGCUGGGAGGCGAAUGCAGACACGAUUACUUCUGUGUUUGGGAAGUACGGAGAGAUUGAGGAUUGUAAGGUUGUCAGAGACAAAAAUUCUGGGAAAUCAAAGGGUUAUGGUUUCAUUCUGUUUAAGCACCGCGAUGGGGCGCGUCGAGCACUGAAGCAGCCUCAGAAGAUGAUUGAAGGUCGGAUGACUUCAUGCCAGCUGGCUUCUGCUGGGCCUGUUCAGACUCCUGCCCCUGCUGCAGUGGCUACUGUUUCUGCACCACCUGUGUCUGAGUACACACAGAGGAAGAUAUAUGUUAGCAAUGUGUCAGCUGAGCUUGAUCCAAAGAAACUUUUGGAGUUCUUCUCCAAAUUUGGGGAGAUUGAGGAAGGCCCUCUGGGUUUGGAUAAACAGACGGGGAAACCUAGAGGUUUCUGUUUGUUUGUGUACAAGAGUCUUGAGAGUGCCAAGAAGGCACUGGAAGAGCCGCACAAGAAUUUUGAGGGUCAGAUUCUGCACUGCCAGAAAGCAAUAGAUGGCCCCAAGCACAGUAAAGGUUACUUCAACCAGCAGCAUGGUCAGUCUCAGCAACAGCAGCAUCAGCAUCAGCAUCAUCAUCAGGGUAACCAGGGGUAUUAUCAUCAUCCGGCUAAGAAAGGGAGAUAUGCCGGAAGUAGUGGUGUGGGGCACACUGGUGGACACUUGAUGGCACCAAGUGCAGGACCAGCUGUUCCUUCCGUGGGGUUUAAUCCAGCAGUUGCCCCUGCGGCUAUAGGACAGGCUGUGGCAGCUUUGUUGGCCACUCAGGGAGCUGGCUUGGGUAUUGGCAAUUUGCUAGGAGGGAUCGGAGCAGGUGUGAACCCACAGGGAGUACCACCCAUGAUGAAUAAUGCAGGUUACGGAGGCCAGGGUGGUGCUGGUGGCUAUGGAGGUCAACCUGGGAUGCAGGGAGGUUAUGGUGGCCAGCCACAGAUGGGUCAGGGUGCUGUAAGGCCACAUCAGGGUGGUGCACCCUACAUGGGACAUGGUCACUAGGUAAGUGGAGAUUCUUCAUAAAUGCAUCAAACUUUUAGUUUUGGACUCUGGUGAUUCUUCUCAAGUUCGGGCAAUCAUGCAAAUGAAGUCUUUCCAUGUAGCAAAAAGUUACGAUUUGCCUAAGACUAGAAUCUAAAAUAUGUAUUGCUUUUCUAUUCGAUUACUACUUAUGUCUGUCGAAUAUUUUCUAAAAUGAUCGUAUUUUGGUCCAAUAACAACUUUUUGAAAGGAUUGAGAACUGCGGUUUAUAUUUUUCCUACUUCUGUCUCUCCAGGAUUUGAAACGGUGUCAAUUAAGUGUAUUUCUCUACUUCCAACUUUAGCAUUCACUUGAGGAUUUUCUUCUACUUUC